ACUUCCGGGGGGGCGGGGGCGGCCUGCGCUGGAGCUCGGCGGCCGCAGGAUGCAGCGGUGGCCGGUGCUGCUGUUCCUGGCCUGGGUGUGCCUGCUGUUCUUCGCCGGCAUCGGGCUCUUCAUGAGCGGGUUCCUGCUCACCCGGAUCGAGCUCGCCAGCAGCAGUUCCUGCUCGGACCCGCUGGUGCCACCGCCUUGGGAGAGGCAGAGCCUCCCGCUGGGCUCCUGUUGGGCACCCCAGCGCUUUUCCAAGGCCGUGCUUGUCAUCAUCGAUGCCCUCAGUUUCGAGUUUGCACGUUUUAAUCCAGCCAAGGCCAGCCCGCUGCCCUAUGAGAACAAGCUGAGUUUUCUGCACCACCUUGCAACCUCCCAGCCGCGCCAUGCCCGCCUGUACCGCUUCCGAGCCGACCCCCCCACUGCCACCAUGCAGCGCAUCAAGGGCCUCACCACGGGUUCGCUGCCCACUUUCAUCGAUGUGGGCAGCAACUUUGCCACCUACGCAAUCCAGGAGGACAACCUGCUGGCGCAGCUGGUGCAGAACGGAAGAAGAGUGGUCUUCAUGGGUGAUGACACUUGGGAAGGACUCUUCCCCAAGAAGUUCUUCCGCUCGUAUUUCUUCCCAUCUUUUAAUGUGAAGGAUCUUCACACUGUGGAUGAUGGGAUCCUGCAACAUCUCUAUCCAACUGUGGACAGUGGUGAAUGGGACAUGCUGAUUGCUCACUUCCUCGGCGUGGACCACUGUGGGCACAAACAUGGACCUGACCAUCCUGAAAUGGCUAAGAAGCUCACCCAGAUGAAUGAGAUGCUCAGAUCCUUGGUAGAUCACCUGGGGAAUGACACCCUUCUUCUGGUGGCUGGGGAUCAUGGUAUGACAGACACUGGAGACCACGGCGGUGACAGCGAGAAGGAAGUGAACGCAGCGCUGUUUGUGUACAGCAGAACGCCCCUGUUUGGCACGGGCCCUCCAGAGGAGCCCGAGGCUGUUGCCCAGGUGAACCUGGUGCCCACUGUGGCCCUGCUCCUGGGUGUGCCCAUCCCCUACAGUAACAUCGGGGAGGUGAUGGCUGAGCUGUUCUCCGGGGAUGGCGAUGCUGUGUCUGCAGCCUUGCAGCAGCUCUCGGUCUAUCACAUCAACGCCAAGCAGGUGGACCGCUUCCUGCACUCCUACUCGCUGGUGGCUCAGGACCUGCCAGCAGAGCAGCUCCAGCACCUGCAGGAGCUCUUCUCCAGCGCUGUGGAGGAGCACAGUCAGCUCUUGGCCCAGGUGCAGGGGUCAACACUGGUGCCUCCGGAACUGGAGUCCAGGCUGGGAAGCCUCAUCAGUCGCUUCCAGCUCUACCUGCGGGAGGCACGGGCUGUGUGCACCCAGUCUUGGGCCCGCUUCCAUCCCCUGCGUAUGGUGGGAGGCUGCACCCUUAUUGCUGCUUCCUGCUUGCUCUGCUAUGUGGCCUCAGAGCUGGCUGCAUCAUCGGACUGUUUCUAUCGCAGCUGCCUCCUGUACCCGCUGCUUUGGGGCCUCGUGGUAACUGUUCUGCUUGGGCUGGCCCAUGCCUUCACCCAGGAGGGGCUGGAUCUCCUCCUGAUGUCAUCAUGGGCAGCCGCUGCUUCUCAGCUGGGUUUUUUUUGGCACUGGUGGGGCCGGCAUCCCAAGCGAGCCCGUUUGGCGGGCAGUCAGCCACCCUUGGCCAGCAUUGGCCUGAGGCAGAGGCUGCGAGAGUGGCUGGGGCUGGCCUUCCCCAUGGGCAUUCUGCUCUUCCGCUGCGGAGCUAUGUUCUCUGAUAGCUUUGUCGUGGCUGAGGCCAGGGUGGCCCCAUUCCUGCUGGCCUCGCUGGUGAUGUUGCUAGUAGGGAAGCUCCACUGGGAUGGUCGCCUGACUGUGCCAGAAGGCCCCAAGCAGCAGCUCCUUGGUUUUUCUUCUUAUCGGAGAGAGAUCUGGUACCUGCUGUGCCUCGUGGCCAUGCUUCUGGUCUGUGUGCGCCUCUCUGGUUUCUUCCACCAGUGCCGCGAAGAAAUCCUUCAGUGUCGGCCUUCUCUUUUCCUCUCCCCCCUUGCCAGCCUGAGAAACACGCGAGCCAAGAAUCUCUUCUACCUCCUGUGUGUUGCCUUGCUGGCUGGGCUGGUCUAUGCAGUGCGGAGCUGGCUGCGGCGCUACGGCAACCUGAACAGCUCGGACCCCCUUGUGCUCUUCGUGCGCUGGGGUUUCCCACUGGUGGUCCUCUGCAUUGCCUGCUACUGGGCUGUUGCCUCCAGUGCUGAUGACUCUCUUGGGAAGCUGCAGGAGCUGGUGCAGGUGGCAGUUGUUGCCUUUCCAUGGGCUGUCUAUGGACUAGCAUCCGUGGGGCUGCUGCUCCUGCUGUGCAAUCCCAUGACAGUGUUCGCGAAGGACACACGGGAGUCAGCAGGAUCCAUCGUCACUCCCUACCUGGGGGUUCCCGGCUCUGAAGUCAACUUCCUCCACGUCAUCCCUCAGAUCUACAAGAGGAUGCAGGAGUCUCAGAAGAGCUGCCUGGAGCGGGGCAACUGCAGGGCCACCAUUGCAGCCUAUGGGCUGGGCAGCGUCUACUCGGCAGCCCUGGUCAUAGCGCUCACCCUGCUGGGCUUCCUCUUGAUGCUUCUGCACAGUGAACGGCUGAGUCUCGCCUUCCUGCUCCUCUUCCUGGAGGCUUUUGUGCUGCUGCACAUCCACACGCGUGCCAGAGGCCUUGCUGGAGAUGCUGAGCCUUUUUCAGUGCCCUGGUAUGCAGUCAUCUCCUGGCUCCUUGCUGCUUCCCAGUUCUUCUAUUCCACAGGCCACCAGCCCAUCUUCCCUGCUAUCCACUGGAAUGCAGCAUUUGUGGGUUUUCACCUUGACCACAGCACGAAACUCCUGCCUGCUGUCCUGGUGGGCGCCAACACCUUUGCCUCCCAUAUCCUCUUUGCAGUUGGCUGCCCUCUGCUCCUGCUUUGGCCCUUUGUGUGUGAGAUGCCCAACUCGCAGAGGAAGAAGCCCAAGAAGGAGUCCCGGGAGGAGCUGCAGGAGGUAGAGGAGCACAUGAUGGAGAUGAGGCUGCGGGAGUCCCCAGAGAAGUUCUCCACUGCUCUGCUGCAGCUGGGGCUGAAGUACCUCUUUGUCCUUGGGACGCAGCUUCUGGCCUGUGUUUGUGCAGCUAUGAUCCUCAGGAGGCACCUCAUGGUCUGGAAGGUCUUUGCCCCAAAGUUCCUCUUUGAGUCGCUGGGCUUCAUGGUGAGCAGCAUCUGUCUCCUGCUGGGGAUCUCUCUGGUGAUGCGUGUGGACUGUGCUGUCAGCACCUGGUUCAGCCAGCUUCAGCUCAGGUAGCAUUGGAGACAUGGGGAACCUGACCUGCUUGUUGGCCAAGGCUGUGGUUGUUUCCUGGCUUCCCUCAGGCUGGGAGGGAUACAUCAGCCACCAGCAACGAGUGCCUGCCGACAGCAGUCAGGGAUUAUCCCCAGCUCCCUGCCUCAGCGCUGCACAAAAGGACUGGAGCCAACCGUUCCCCGCUUAUUGCGGUGGUGUUUCUCAGAAGUGGAGGUCAGAGCUCUCACUGGGCGUUUGUGGCAGCAGGAGGACUCUGCUGCAGGAGCCCAAGAAGCGGGAGUCCUGAAGUGCUCCUCUGGAGAAACACCAAGCAGAUGUCUUGCUGCUGCUUUCCUGACAACUGUCCCCACUGUGCAGUUGGUUGGCUUCAGUGGCUGGCAGGGCAUCACCUUGCCUGUGCAGAGACAGUGACUGAUGGGAAGGGGCCUGCUGAGGAGUGGAGAUGAGGAUGGGAGAAGAGCGAAGGUCCUGCAGCCACCACUUCUCUCCACGUGCUCAGUUUUCAUGCUGGAAUCAAAGUACACAUGGUUAUGCAUGCAGAUGGUUCCUGGGGUCUUGGUAGCAGCUGCUCCUCUGUAAAGUCAACUGGUUGCUCUGUAGUGAGGCCCCUCCUGCCUCACUCACGUUUUCCUGGUCUUCCUCAGCCCUGUGAAGGGCAGUAGGGAGCACUCUGGGCUGCCUUGUACAGCCUGAAGCAGGCGUAUUUGUUGAGGGGGUGGUAGCAGGGAGAGCUGUGUCUAUGGGCAAGAAAUUCUCCACUCAUGAUCUCAGCCUGUCUGUCCCCGUGGACUGGGCUGUAGCAGCUGGGGCUCCCCAUGUCUUUGUGUGCUGCUGGAUUCUGGCUGUUGAUUGUGAACAGCUGAGAUGCAGCAGGAUAUAGUGACAGAACAUCAGGUCAUCCCCAUUUUGAGUCUGGUCAGGACAAAAGGGGAGGCUGGAGCAGCUGUCCCAACUGCAGGAGUGGUGUGAGCUGCGGUGCCUGGGAGCUGCUGCUGGAAAGCCCUGAGUGGGCAACAACUCUUCUGGGAGGUGGCUUAGUUCACUGGUAUCUGUGCACGUGCUGGGGGUUAUGUCAGCUUGAAGGGACGUCAGGCACUGCAGCUGAUGGCAUUUGUGAUCCCGUAUAUGGUGCUUGUCUCCCUUUUCACCUUGGUGUUCUGUGUGGGACUUCAAGCUGCAAGUGAGCUACGCCAAACCCACCCUUGGAUGCUGACGGUCAGGAGACAUCGUAUUUCUUUCUUUAGGGGCAGGGGUAGAGGACAUGACCAUGGUGCCUGGCCAUAUCCCAUCAAAGUUCCCUCUGCAGUUUUGAUGGGAUCUGGCAUUCCUUACUGCCCUGAACCACUGUGUGGCAUUACUUGGUGCUAUGAAACCUUCUGUCUCUUUCCCCUCUGGAAAGAGCUGAGGACUGCUUGUCUAUGAUUCCUGCGUUGAUUUUUGUUCUGAUCCCAUUUGUUUUUUAAGUUAUGCACCAUGAUAGCUCCUGUUUGAGUUCCUCACUGCAGACUGCUGGCGUAACUCAAGCCUUUUCAUCUCAUCUGCCCUGGAGAGUCAUGGGGAAAGUGUCUCGUCAUCUCUCUCAUCGCUUUCAGUUCUUGCUGUUACGCCCAAUGCCCAGUCACUGUGGAAAACGGCCCUUGAAGGCAGGUUUAGUUUGGCAUUUUACCCCUGCAAAAUGCUUGCUCAGGUGAUGGGGUGCAAUUCCAGGGAGUCUUAAACUGCUCUAAUUUUGCAUUUCCUUUGUGGGACCUCCCCUGGCCUGCUGGCUGUGGUCUCCCACCUCAGCCUUUCAUCUCCCCUGCCCUGGGGGCUUGUCCUGCUUAACUUCACCUGACACAACCACGGACUGGUUUGUAGAUGGUAUGACUCCCAGGGCUGCGUUGCCACGUAGAUGCAUGCACACCAGUGCUAGUGCAAGGCAAGGAGUAGCAGCAUGCAGUGGGGGAAACUGAGGCGGAAGGAAUGCAUCAAUCCAGAAUUAGAUGGGCUUAGGCAGUCCCACCCUUUAAAAUGGGUUAUUUGCUGACUCCUUGUGGCCAUAUGGUUCUCGGUGCUGAGGGGGCCGUGCUGAUGGAUGAGGGGUGCAUUGGUGCAGAGAGGAGGAAGGGGAUGGAGUUAGCUACCCACUGAAUUUUCAUUUAAUGUGAUGAUAGUCUAUAUAGCACACAUUGCUAAACCCCAAGGCCGGAGCCCAAGUAGGUCUUGUAACUUCAGAAUCUGGUCAGGAGCUUGCUGCCUGAAUAUAGUUGUGCUGGCAGAAAUCCUUAUGGUCACUAAGGCUGUAGAGCUGGCCCCUGAUGUCCUUGCAGCAGCCACCCAGGCCCUUGGGCUUCCUCCUCUCCCAUCUCUGGGAGCAGUUGUUAUUUCAGCAGCCACCAUAAUGCUGCUGAGCCUUCCCCUGCCUAUUGUUCAUGGUUGGACUGCUCAGCCAGCACUUGGGCAUCCUCUCCUCAUCCCUCCAUAUCACUCCUCUGCCUUCCUGCUAGGGCUGUAGGUUCACAGCCCUGAGAGGCCAGGGUGGAGCAGAGGGGACAGCAGAGCUGCAGCGCCAUGAAAAUAUGCAUGCUGUCCUUGCUGGAGGCUAAACAAAACCUGCAGUAACAAAGCUGCAGGUACAUUCUUGUCACUGCAGAGAUGCCAAGGAAUGCUAGCUGCUCAGCCAAGGCAGACUGGCUACUACACCAAAGAAUUUAAGUUCAAGAUGAGUUUUCCAAGGACUGGAGAUGCUCUUGCUUGCUUUCUUUGACUUUUUUAAUCUUUGACAGUCUUCCCCAGCUGCCCUCAAGCUGAUUGUUUGGCUCCUGUUCUCCCGCGUGUGCUGGGUGUGACAGUUAACGUUGGCCCAAGGCUUGGCAACCCUGGAAGCAGGAUGUGCGGCUGAUGCUAGAGCAGACAUGGCUGUGGUUGCUGCUUUAAAGCCCCAGAGAGUGUCCAGAGGUGUCGCGACGGAGGGAAGACACAGUCACUCAAUAUGAGUGAUCAGCAGACUUCGUUUAUUGUCCCUUACAGUCACCUUUUAUGCCUUGUUAUAAUUAGCUCAUACAUAUUACAAAAGUUAAGCUCAUUAUUGGUUAGUUGCCCAAAUACCAAGCCCGCCCCUAGUUUCUCUUCUGUAGUUAUCUGUUCCCACCUGCAACAUUCUUUUCCCACCGCGAUCUUCCUGAUACUGUGUAACAAGGACAGCCAAAGACAGUGUAUUUUUGCUUUACUUCAGAUAAGCUGAGAGCGAUGUGCAUUUUUGUCCAGCCAGCUGGACUAUGUGACCCUUUUCAGCUAGCCAGUUAUCCACACAGAGGAAGGUGCCUGCUGGUCCAAACCAAGGCUCUUUGGGAAACCUGGCAUGCUGGUGAGCAGGCUCUGCCCUACAUUCCCCUACUGAGGUUGUCACUGGAGCCUACUUGUCUCUCCUGGGGCAGUUAUUCCAAGCAGUUUGUUUCUGGUCCCAGUGACCUUUGGCUGAGUGUGACAGGGGAUGUGUCAUGCUCAGCAGGGUGGUGUCCAUGCUGCACUCCACAAACCUGCUGCACUUGGGCUUUUGCAAGCACGGUGUGUGUGCUCCUUGGCAGGGCUUCUGCCCAGUGCCCUGUCCCUCUGGCCAGGGGAGAGCUCUGCUGGGAAACACCUAGCUCAGACCAGUGGUGGGGCAAUGUGUGCCGUGGCCUUGGCAUGGGGCAGGGGUGGAAUUGUCUUGUUUGUGCCACCUGGAAAACAGCGACUGAAAGCCACCACCACUGCGAAAGGUUGUGGCUGUUCCAGAGCAUCUCCCUGCUCUGAUCCAUGUGGCUGGCAUUGCCCGCACAGCCAUCCUGAGGGAUGGCAUUGCUUCAGGGAGAGCACGGCUUGGUCUGUCUCCAUUCCCACACCCAGUUCUCUGUCCUGUCUCUGUUCUUCCCUCAAUGCUUCAGGCCGGUUAUUUAUGGCACAGCACAGUCACAUUCUCAGUGCACACGUCUCGUCUUCCCCUUGGGAAGCAGCAGUGCCGAGGUGCAGGAGCUGGGCUGUGGAGCACUGCUGUCGUCUCUGAGCUCUAACUUGGCUCGCCACUUGGCUGGGAGCGAGAUUGUUUUAUUUUUUGUUAUAAACCUCUCUGUGCCUCAAUACCCUGUUUGGGAAAAAAAACAAAUAUUGGGGAUGGACCCAGUUUGGGAAAGCAAUUUGGGAGCUCUGCAUUGCAGUCUGGUGCUACACUUCCCUGGGUGUCUCUACAUCUCUGCCUGUUAACGCUUUUGUUCCCAUUCAACAGCUAUACCUGGAAGGUGGGAGUGAUGCUGGAGUCUCUGCUAGGAAGUAGAGCCUUUUUUCCUU